AUGGCGAAGUACGACCUCACUCAAACGAUUGCGACCUACUUGGAUCGCCAUCUGGUGUUCCCCCUGAUCGAAUUCCUGAAGGAGAACAGGGCACUAAAAUCAUCUUCAUCACUCAACAAGAUUUAUGGAGAGAAGGAGCUCCUGUCGGCGCAGCUGGAUCUGCUCUCCAACACCAACAUGGUCGAUUUCGCCAUGGAUAUCCACCGCAAGCUUCACGAAACCGAGCCUCCGGCCACGUUCGCGACCAAGCGCGCUGCCGUGCUGGCCAGGCUGAAGGAGCUGAACGCUCUCUGCGCCCCUCUGGUCCGACUCCUGCAGGAUCAGACCAAGGUCGCUGAAUUGAAGGAAGAGAAGAACUACAACAUCGAGUUCAUCCAGGAGAACCUUGGGGUGCCCGCUGGCUGCUUGGAUCAUCUCUAUGAGAGCGCCAAGUUCCAGUUCGAAUGCGGUAACUACUCGGGUGCUGCCGAUUUCCUCUACCACUUCCGCACACUGAGCAACGACGCCGAGAAGAAGUUCAACGCCCUCUGGGGUAAGUUUGCCGCUGAGAUCCUCAUGCUCAAGUGGACCACCGCCAUCGAAGACCUCAAGGCCUUGAAGGAAGCCAUCGAAGCCAAGCUUCAGCAGCGAACCUGGCUCCUUCACUGGAGCUUGUUUGUAUUCUUCAACCACCCCAACGGUCGCAAUGGCAUCGUGGACAUGUUCCUGCAGGACAAGUAUUUGAACACCAUCCAGACCACCUGCCCGCACAUCCUGCGGUACCUGACGACAGCCGUUAUCACGAACAAGAGGCGGAGGAACCAGCUCAACGAUCUCGUGAGAGUGCUGCAGCAGGAGUCGCACUCCUACUCGGACCCCAUCACCGAGUUCCUCGAGGACCUCUACGCCAAUUUUGACUUUGACGCCGCACAGAAGAAGCUGCGCGAGUGCGAGAACGUCUUGAUGAACGACUUCUUCCUGGUCUCGUGCCGCAACGAGUUCAUGGAGAACGCUCGUCUUCUCAUCUUCGAGACCUACUGCCGCAUUCAUCAGACCAUCGACAUCAGCACACUGGCGCAGAAGCUUGAUAUGGACCAGGACGCCGCCGAGCGGUGGAUCGUGAACCUCAUCCGCAACGCGCACCUCGAUGCCAAGAUCGAUUCGGCGGCCAACCAUGUGAUCAUGGGCACGCAGAACCCCAGCAUUUACCAGCAGGUUAUCGACAAAACGAAGAGUCUGUCGUUCCGCACUCACGUCCUCGCCAACAACCUCGACAAAUACGUCCAGAGCGAAGGCGACGACAAGGCUCAGGCCUAA